CAUGAUAAUCAGAAAACGUUACUACCUUUAACUGUAAGGGUUCUAGCAGCUUUGAACUUCUUUGGACACGGCUCAUAUCAGAAAUGUGUAGGUAACAACGUCAACUUGCCCAUGAGUCAGUCAUCCCUUUCGAGAAGUCUGCGAGCUGUAGCAAAACUUAUUGUGAAGGUGAAGGGAGGAGAAAUAAAGUUUCCCAGUUCAAUAGAGGAAGAAACUUUUAUAAAAACGGGAUUUUUUAGAAAAUUUGGAAUAAAAAGCACCAUAGGAGCAAUUGACUGCACAUAUAUUGCUAUCAUUGCUCCACCAUCAAAUAAUGUCGAACGUCCUCUUAAUUUAUAUUUAAAUAGAAAAGCAUUCUACAGUAUCAAUGUUGAAGCAGUUUGCGAUCACCGAUUACGUUUUACAUUUAUAAAUGCUAAAUUUCCGGGUGCAACAUAUGACUCUGGAAUUUGGGCAACUUCUGACCUACGAGAAGAUCUCAUUCGUCAGCAUACUAAUACGUCUGAGCAACAACGGAGAGAAUCUUGGCUUCUUGGCGAUCAAGGUUAUCCUCUAGAACCGUGGCUUUUAACACCAGUGGGAACACCUAAUACCCAUAAAGAGCAAAAAUACAACAAAUUACAUGGUUCUGCAAGAAACUGCAUAGAGAGAGCAUUUGGUGUUUUAAAAUCUCGCUUCAGAUGUUUGUUGAAGCACCGAGUUCUACAUUAUUCAGGCAUUACGUUCAACGAAAUAGAUGACGGGGUUGCAGAAGACUUUGAUUCUCCAAUUAAUGAUUAUAACUCUUCACAGUACGUGCGCGAAGGUGAAAGAACAAGAUCAAGAUAUAUAUCAAUUCUUUAGUUAUAUAUAUACAGAAGCCAAUCCAUAUUCUUAUGUACAUAUAAAAUUUUCUCACAAUUCGA